AUGCCCGCUUUUAAUCUGGCAUCUCUUCGAUCUUGUCUGUUGGGGGCCGUGGCGGACAACGUCCUUCUCCUCGUGUACAUCAUCCUGCAGUUCAUCGCAUUCUUUUUCGUGCUGGUGGCCACGCCGAUCGAGAUAUUCCGCUUGGAAGGUCCACCGGGCAAUACCGUUUGCAUCACAUUGUGGGGCCGGAAGGUGCCAUGCACAUCGCUCGGCUACACGUUUUUUCAUGAACGUAUAUGGAUUGAUUGUCGCAACCGCCUUUAUCGUUUUCGCGCUGCGCAGGCGUUCGCCAUCAUCUCCAUUCUGGUAUACGGUGGGGCGUUCUUCGCCAGUUUUGCAAUCCUGUACGGCUACUCUUUCAUUCGCUGGGUGUGUCUGGCGCUGAACAUCGUUGGCAUUGCCACCUUGUGCGUUGUGUGGGCGGCCAUGGCAGUGACGUACAACAAGCGAGAAGGUAUCUGCAUCACCAUUAAAGAUGAGGGCACAUAUGGUGCCGGCUUUGUUCUCUUUGUGAUUGCGUGGAUACUGGAUAUCAUCAACACGGUGAUCCUGCUGCUCCCGUGCACGGUCACGGACAGUGACGAGGAUAAGCACACCAAGCGACCGGCAGCGGAAGAGUAG